UCAGGGUGAUGUGCCAUGGCUCUGUCCGAUUCCGACCUUGUGACCUUGGCUCAUCUUGGAGAUCCAUCCUACUUUGAACUGGGUCAUGGAACCUUUGGACAGCCAGUGCUGCCUAAUCGUAAAACAGUGUCAUUCCCAUUUUUUUCCCCUUGGAGGAGUUGAUCCCUGUGAGGUGUGGUGCAGUCUGCCUGUGGAGAGAUUAAGGGAAUAUUGCAACGUUAUGAAAAUCAGGAUCUUUGGGACUCUGUUCUACACCACGGAAAGCGUUUCCUUUCUAGAAGAACGUGGUGUGCAGUUCCUGGGCUGGAACAUGAAGCCAAUCUGUGAGCGCAAUGUUUUGGAAGACCUUACUGAUUCAAUUAAAAAAGUUGCUAACAUCCCACAUUUCAUCAGUGGCAUCCUGAGGAUUGGCAGUGGAAUAGAAAAUGGUUUCUUUCACCUUGCAGAGGCCGUGGAUUGGGUCAGAUGCGUGGGGGGUGCCAAGGUUCUGCAGGGCCUGGAGGAGCUUGGGGACUGUGGUCGGGUCAAACUUGCACUUGUUUUUGCUGAGUGGAAACGUUCCAUCACCAGAGUGGCACUGGAAGAUUGUGAUUUAGUGGAAGAAUUGAAAGCUGAGACCUCUGAGAGCUCCAGGAGGGAGAGUGAAGCCAUGAAACAGAAAGGAAAUGCUCAGUUUUCCCAAGGAGCCCUGAGCUGUGCCAUUGUGUCCUACACCAAAGCCAUCGAGUUUUGCCCUUUGAACCACCUCCUGUAUGGAAACCGAGCUCUGUGCUUCAUCCUCACCAGGCAGUACGAGAGAGCUGCAGUUGAUGGAAAAAGAGCCAUUAUUCUCAAGCCUGAUUGGCCAAAGGGUCACCACCACUACUGCAAAGCCCUGUCCCUGCUGGGCAAAGCUGAGGAGGCCCUGGAGGCCAACGAGAGAGCCCAGGAGCUCUGCAAGAAAAACCCUGGGGGGCUCAAGGAACUCAUCCAGCAGCAUGAAAAAUUAAAGAAGACCCUGGAAGAAAUCCACGGUACUAAACAUCAACAGAAGGCAGGGAAGCCUCUGCUUGAGAAAAAAGACUGCACCUCUUCAAAAUCUCCUUUAAAAAGCUCCCAAGAAAAGAAAGAAGUAGAAAAAGACAGGAAGAGAGCCCAGGCUGAGCCCAAACAUCACCAUGGUCCUCAAAAACGUGAUGCCAAGGUGACUGAGCCCCAGAGAACAGAAGGCAAAGUUUCCACGCUGGAGCAGCCUCCAAACCAAAGUCAGCAAAACAAACGAAGGCCAAAAGCCAAAACUUGUGACUAUGAAAAGAUGAGGGAUGACAUGGAUGUGAAGAGAGAGCCUAAAGCCAUGGAGGAUAAAGGCUGCAGUGCUGUGCCACAGGUGGAUUUCAGUCCCUUGCCAGAUGUUAAAUCCUUUGGGCUGGAGCGUGGUGCAGCCUUGCUGGACAGUGAUAAACCCAUUUUAUUGCCGCUGCUGAGAGCUUUGAACACUCCAGAAUUCCUGGUGGAUUUCAACAGUCUGCCAGAGGAUGUGGUGUCCCUGGCUCGGGAUGGCUGCAGAGCCCUGCUGGAGCAGCAGUGCCACAGAGCUGAACGAGCCUUUUCCCAGCUCCUGAGCCUCCUCUACACCUCCAAAUUGACGUAUGCGAAUAUUCUUAAUAUUAAUUAUGUUAUACUUAUCUAUGGACAUGCCACUGCCCUCCUGGGAUUGGGACAUCCUGAGGCAUUGGCAAACGCUGAAGUUCAGUUUAAGAAAAUAGUGGAGGACUAUCCAGAGGAAAGUUGUUUUUGUUUGGCACACUACGGGCUUGGAAGGGUUUACCUCAAGCAAAACAGAUUUGCCUACGCCCUCGACCAGUUCCUGAGGUCAAAGCUAAUGAUUGAUUUCAAGAUUAUCCCUGGAGUUUUAACCUGGCCAGGAACAGCUCAGGUCAUCGAGGAGACACGAAUGGAGAAUUUACAGAUGGCUUUAAGGAAUUAUAUUGAGGAAUGUAAAUUCCCUCCAGAGCCAGAUGCUGUUUGUCGAUAUCAGCAGUGCCAUGGCUACUCCAAAAUCCAAAUAUUUUUUACAGACCCAGACUUUAAGGGUUUUAUACGUGUUAUUUGCUGUCAGCAGUGCAGAGUGGAGUUCCACAUCAGCUGCUGGAAAAAGCUGAAAACAACAAGCUACAGUGAUAAAAAUGAUAAGGAUUUUCUUAAGGAAAUGUGUUUUACUCCUGAUUGUAAAGGCCUUAUUUCCAAAAUAGUUAUUUUCAGUUCUUCUGGGCUGGUAAAAUGUGAAUUUGAACAAAAAAUUCCAAAACCCAAGGAACCACCAAGGGCCUGCAUUAAACAGAAAUGUUCAAGUCUUAGGAAGAUAAAACUGAAGCAAGAAAAAAAACUGCGGCGAAAACGAGCGCGAGAAGAGGCCCGGAAUUCUGCCAGAAAGAAAACUGAGGAAAACCAGGAGGGAAGUGAGCAAUCCCAGGACAGUCAGCACAGGGGUUAUGGGCAGUACUUGUGUGCUGGGGACCAGGUGCUGCAGCACAUCCGUCGCAAUUCGGAGCAGAUCAAAGCUGCUGUUCCCGACGCUGCCAAGUUGCUGAAGGAGUUACUGCUGUGGGGUGUGGUCAGUCAGGAGGAUGUCACCUCCUAUUCCCGAAGUAGCAGCACUUCCCAGGAGGUGCUGGAGCAGCUCAUCAACUCCUUAAUCCAGGAAAAAUCCCGGGUGCAGACCAGGGGGUUUCUCCAUGUGCUGAGCCAGCUGGGAGAGGUGGAUCCCAAAGUGCACAAGUGGCUGAAGCACCUGGAUAACCUGGGUCUGACAGCUACAAAAAACUUCCUCCUACAAUAUGGCCAAGUUCUGCAAGAGCUUGACCUUUCUAUUUUAAUCCCACUGUGGAACCAGAAAUAUGGCAGUAAAUUUGAUUAUGUGGCAGCUGAUGGUGAAAAGCAAGAGAUUUGGGAUUAUUUCCUCAAACCCCCCCUAGAGAAAACCCGAUGUUUUAUAUGGCUUUUAGAAGAAAACAGAGCACAUUUCCCAGGCCUCCAUCAAGCUUUAGAUGAAUUCUUUGAUAAAAUGGCUGACCCAACCAUUAUAUUAAAGAAGCAAGGAAAUGAAAAUUUAUCAAAUAAUGAAAUCAAAGUUAAAAACAAAAACAGGAAGAAGAAUUUGAAAGAGUCAAAGUCUAUUUUAGUAUUAUCCAGUGGAGUUAGUACAGCACCACGAGAAGAAGAGAAGAUAUUUAUAGAAGAAAAUAAUUUGUACAGAGAUUUUACCAAUGAACCAUUUGUAAUCCCAGAAUAUCUCCAGGAGCAACUGGCCGAAUUUGAAGCUCUCUAUAAUGUUUCAAAUAGUAACAAUUAUCAAAUUAAUAAUAAUCCAGAUCCAAUCAGUGAGAAUUUAUAUGAUUAUUUCUCUCAAAUCUUGGAAGAACAUGGCCCUCUGGAAAUUAAUAAUAAGUUACUGGUUGGGGAAUAUGAAAAUUUCCCUGAGGAAACUCGGAAGGUGGUGGAAGAUGAAGGGGGUCUGGAACCCUUCCUGCUGAAAUCCCUUCGUUUCAUUAUGGUGGAUAAUCUGAUUGGAUUAAGGAAGCACUCAGUCCUUUUGGAAGGAAAUCCAAGCAGAAAUGAGACUGGAAAUAAAGAGGAAAAUUAUAUAGGUGGGGAAUUCCAAGGGAAUUCCUCCCAGAGCAAGCUGCAGUUGAAUCCCUAUGCUGAGGAAUUCAAGCCGCUGUCGUACCCUGUGGAACCCCCUUUAUCAGCACCUGCUAAUUUAACAGAUUAUGAGACUCCACAGCAUUUGCCCUGUUCUUUCCCUGCUUCCUGCACACCUGGGAGUCCUCUGGAGAACGAGGGUGUUUAUUCCAUGGAAAACGAGUCGCUGUUUCCAGGUGUUUUACUAAAGGGCUUUGAGUCCCAAGGCCCUGCUGUGUUCUUGCCUCAGAGCUCCUGGGGUUAUCAAUAUGGAAUAUUGCCUCUGCCUUCUGCCCUGGCUCAGCCUGGAUAUAUUUAUGCUGAUCCUGCAGCUCAUCAGGAUAGUCAGGAAUCAGCAGUUUCACAUAGGAAAUACAUCCCUGGAGGUUCUGUGCCAGCUGAAAUCCAGGAGUACAAAGGCCUUUGGGGCCACUCGGAGAACUCUGAUAAGGAGGAUUCUGCUUUUCCAAAUGGUUCUGGUGAAGCUGAACAGAGUAAAUGGGUUAAGAAGGAAAUGGGAAGGAGGAAUAAACCUGGGAGGACGAGCAAUCCUCACACGAGGAUGGUGGCUGUUCAGGUAAACCAGGAAGUUGCUGAUAGGGAAACCAAUACUUUGCCUUUCCAUCCAUAUGAAAAUCAACAAGGAGAUCUUCUGCGCAUGGAGAAGGAGCACCAGGUAUUAAAGGAACAACUUAAAGAAGCAGAGGAGAAAUUUGAGCAGUUACAAAGCAGAAGCGUGGAGGAAAUUGGUGCUUUGGAAGAGCUCCUGAAAAAAAGUAUUGAAGAGACUGAGGUCUCCCAGAACGAGCUGGAUUGGUUCCACCAAGACUCGGAAACGCAAAUGAAGAAAUGGCAGCAGGAGAAGAAGGAAAGUCGGGAGAACUUAAAAGCCCUGAGGAGCACAGCUAAAAAACACUCAGACACCAGUGAAAGGUAUUUGAAGAGCAUUGAUGACAAGGAAAAGCAAUAUAAUGAGUGUUUAAAUACAUUUCUGGAGACCAGUAAUAAAUUUGCUAGUGAGAAAGGAAAAUUGGAAGAGCUGAUAAAAAAGAGUCAAGAUAACAGCCAGGAGUGUGAGAAAAGAGCUGUUAAAGCAGAGGUCUCAGUGCUCCAGACCUGGAAGGAAACUGAAAUCUGGAAGCUCAAAGGCACCAUUGCCAAGGCAGAAGGAAAUCUCAGGAUGCUGAAGGCACUGAGCAGCAGCUCAGCUUCAGCAGCUCCUGUGUUGAAGUCCCAGAUUGAUUCCUGGGAAAUAUUUAUUGCAAAUGUCAAGAAACAACUGGAAAAAGUUGAGGCUGAGUAUGACGAAAAAAUUGAGCUGGUGAAAAAUGGUGCCCAGAACUGCCUCAGUAAAGUGGAAAUCGUGGAUGUUCCUUAUCCUCAGGGAGUUCUUACAAUACCAGGCAGACCUCCCAUGAGUGAUCCUGCCAUUGUCACCUAUUGCUCGGCAUCCGCUCAUCCCAGUCCCCUUCCUGCAUUUUUGAGUUCUGAUGGAAAAGCUCCAGCCCAGCCUUCACUCCCAGCACAGACCGGAGCUAAGCCAGCACCUGCCACCUCUGAGGGUUCUUCUGCAGCUGGGAAAACGCAUCCCAAAGCUCCAGAGGGAUCACAUUCCAAUAAACUCUCACCAUCCCGCCCAUCAGGGAUUUCUGGGAGUAACACCCAGCACGUCCAGGCCAGCCAGAGCCACCAAGAUCCCUCCGCUCUGCAGCCGAGGCUGCCUGGAAUUCCAAACAACAAAAAGCUUCCAAAAGCCAUUGAAAAUAUUAUUGCCCAGCUCCAGAGUAUAUUCCCAAACUACAGCAGCUCAGACUUCAUUGGCUUCAUCAGGGACAUGCAGAGGAGAAAUGGGAACACCCUGGCAGGCCUGAGCCCGGAAGAAAUCCUCAGACGGGUCACGGAGCUCAUCCUGGACCAGCGGCUCAAGGCACCACCUCCAGCAGGCAGGGCCGUGCAUUCCCUGGACUCUGCUCCCCCGGCGGCAGCGCGGAGCCGGGAAGUGCCUGCGGAAGGAAUCGCCCCCGGCUCCCCCCGGGCAGCACCUGCCCCUAAAAACAGCUCCAGUAAAAACCCCCCUCAGCCAAACCUGCAGCCCUGGGGAAAUGCUGGAGCAAUACCUAAAGCCAAAUGGAAAAAGCAGGACAAUGCUGCCUCCAGUGAGGAUCCCUGCACGAUCUGUCACGAUGAGCUGAGCAGAGACUCCUGUGAGCUCGAGUGUGGGCAUCACUUCCACAGGGAGGUGAGUUCUGGUCUUGUUCCUGAUCUCCACUUCCUAAAAACCACCCCUUUACCCUCCCCUUACCCUUCAAUGCUUAAACAGCGGGGCACAAUUUGCUUUUCCAGCCUUUGCCCCCCAAAACGUGCCCCACAGACAGCCUGACUGUGUCAGAAAGCUUCACGUGGUUUUUUUUAAAGUAAAAUAAUUCAUCAGUGAAUUUAAGCUGAUUCUUCAGAGGGUGAAUUUGGUUGGGACUGUUGGCAGCACACUCAGGGAAUGGGCUAUCCCUAAAAACCCUGCAUUUUGCCACCUGAUAGUGGAAACUCAGGGAGUGAAAAAGUCAGGAUUAUGCUGGAGUAACUCCAUGUUUCUGUCUGUGCCUUUUCCCCUUUACCUUUUUUGUUUAACGCCGAUUUCUUCUCGCAGAACGAAUUUGAUUAGAGCAGGACAACAAUUCUCCAACCCCAAAUUUCAGUGGUGUAGAACUUGUUGAAGAGCUUCCCCAUUAGUGCCAAUUCUUUCCAGCCUCCAGCUGGACUCCUCUUCCCAGAUUUUGCCUCUCACCCUCUCCCUGUCCCCGCAGUGCAUCCGAACGUGGCUCAAGCAGCAUUCCAGCACCUGCCCCAUCUGCCGUGUCCAUGCUCUGCUUCCUGAGGAUUUCCCUGAGCUUCCUGCAUGGAACAAGUAAAGCUGAACCUGCUUUUACCUCCACACUUUAUACUAAGAUGCAAAAGGGCUGCAGCAUAACCCCAGUGAUGGGGGACAGGACAGAACCCUGGGUUUAUCGGCAAUGGGAACAGCCUCAGGAUUUGGCCCUUGGCAUUGAGCCACAGCGUUCCAAGAUCAAGGAUUUCUCCUGCUUCCUGCCUAAAGCUGUGGAGUUCAGGGCUGGCAGCACACAAAACAGGUGGAUUUUUGGCUAAGGGACACUGAAAGUACCAAAUUAUGUCAUCUGAAAGGCCAGUGUGUAAUUCCUGUGAAGAGGGGGCUUUUCCUUCAGAUUUAUUCCAGUAUCAAACAAGUAGGUGACCCGAAGGAUGGACCAGCAGAACUGGACCAGCCACACCAUUCCCUUCCACUGGCACAAACAAUUCAGGAUUCAAGCCUGCUCUGGUCCUUGCAGUUCAUCCCUGCAGCUCCUCUCUCCUAAAUCCACAGCUGAGAAUUCAAAUCAUUUAAAUAAUGACUUUUAGUAACAUUUUGAAACUGGAAUUCUAAAUUAUUCAUGUGGAUCAAUUCUUUAUUCUCAAAAUAAGGUUGAAAUUUGAAUUUCCCCCCUUGUUGAAGAGCUGGUCUGUUGAAAUGGGGAGGAUUUUAAAAAAGGAUUUUUUAAAGGAUUUUUAAGCAACACUUCCUCUGUAUUUUGUGCAGGAAUGGUCACCAGUAGCAGGAGGGGCAGAAUUCCAACAGCUCAGGGAAUUGUUCUCCUACUGUUUCCCAAGUCUGAACUGGCCAGAGCACCUUCAACAGUGACAAGUUUGUCCCAGAGACUCAAAAGAUGAGGGCCAGAGCCUGAGAACCUUAAAGUGAAAAUCAAAUAUCUGAAUACAGGCAGGAUGAUAUGGAUUAGGAGCUUUUGGCUAAGUCCAGGGAUCGCUUGUUCCCCACACAUCUCCUCCAGCUGAAAUUUUAAACUCCUCUGUGGUUAAUCAGUGUAUUAAUUACCACUUGAAUAAAAAAUAAAAUCACUGCUGCAGCCCAACAA